GGGUUGGAGAUGCUCUAAGUACACUACUCUGUAGCAAUCUUUUCUUAGCCAUGUGUAAUUUUUUUCCUGCGCUAAUUUAACAGUUUCUUGCUCAAAGAGAGAAGAGUGAGAUUUUUUUUACAACAAUACUCUCAUUGUAUGUACCCGCCAAAACUCUUUGAUAAUGAGAUUCUUUCACUACCACCACGGCGGCUACAUCCGUCGAACCAUUAUCUACCCGAAGCCAGUCAAGUCCGUCGUCGCGCAUAUCCACGAUCUAGCGAAAACCCAAAACCCCGAGAUCGCCACCAGAUCACGUUUGGUUGAUGAUCCAAGCUCUCACCCAUGGCCCGAAUGGCUAGAUUUGAUGGGGAUGCUGGUGAAGAAAGGUUACUUUGGAGAAAGCGUGACGAGUCCCAAGGAAUCGAAUCAUAUCCGUACUGCUUGUCUCGAGUUCGCCCGCCAUCGAUUCACUCUCGUGAGAUACUUGUCGAAGAAAGAUAUGAAAGUGAUUGCUGGGUGUGGAUGUCCCAGCAUUGACAGGAAGGUUGUGAACUCAGGGAAGCGUCUAAGAGCUUAUGUGGGCAUUGAUGAAGUAAAUGUGUGUGGCUCUUGCAACUUGAGAGGGAAAUGUGAAAGGGCGUAUGCGCAAGCACGAGAAGAGGAAGGUGCUCGAACUAUAGAUGUCAUGCGUACACUGCUAACUUAUGGGCUUGAUUCUGUUUCUCCUACUGUGGUGAACCGUGCUUGUCAAACCAAGUUUGUCGAAGAUUCUGUGAGGAAGUUGCUGAGAGAAAGCGUGGAGUACAGCUUACAGGACGUUGAGCCUGCUGAGACUGUGGCAUCUCGAGAUGAGCUCCAGACAAAUUCACCGGAGAAUGGUGAGAGAGACACGCGGAAAAGACCAGGGGAUUGGUACUGUACAGAAUGCAAGUUCCUAAACUUUGCGAAAAACAUAAGAUGCUUGCGGUGUGAUGUAUUUUCUGAGGAGAGGCUGAAGCAGUUGAAGCAAGAACAGAAAGAUCAUCUUCCACUGAAGAAAGGAGAUUGGAUAUGCCAAACAUGCAAUUUCCUCAACUUUGCGAAGAACACGAGUUGCUUAAGGUGCAAAGACAAGCCUUCAAUGCGUCAAAUCAAUCCGGGAGAGUGGGAAUGCGAGUCGUGCUAUUACAUCAAUUUUAGAAGAAACUCUGUUUGUUUGAAGUGUGAUCACAAGAGACAAAAGGCUCCAAACGCCACACCGGAUUCGAAGAGUGUUGGUGAUCAUCACAGCAGAGUUUCAAAGACGUGGAGUUUUGUAGAAGAAGAAGAGGAGGAGGAGGAGGAAGAAGAAGAUGUCGUGAUGGGAUUUCCAGUGGAUGGAGGGAGAAGUAGUGUUUCGAGGAGUGUGGAAAAGAGAGAGCAAUGGAAGUUGGAGAUGAUACAGAGGAUGAGGAGCAAUGGGCAUAAAAAGAAAAAAGAUGUUGAUGAUGAUGACGAGAGAGAGUCAAGAAGAUGUUAUGAUCGGAGAAAGAUUGAGCUUCUUGGUAAUUGUAGUGAUGAUGGAGAGAUGGAUGAUUGGUUUGCUCCAACUUUAAGAUAAUCUGUUUUUCUUUUCUCUCUUUGGCUGGUUUGGAUUUGGACAUUUUUGUAGUGAAAACCUGUAAUGUUGACCGCAAAUUGAUUAACUAAAAUAUUUGAAAAUACUAAAUAAUGUCAAAUUUAAGAUACUCAUUUAGUUUAUU